UACUAAUACCCACACCCCCCAAAAAGACGCAAGCAAGUUCCUACUAGUACCAUCUGCUACUAGGUUGCACUGCGUAAGGUACAUAAGUGCCGCCCCCCACUGCUGCCCAUCUCAGAGAGUAAUACUUCACGCUACUGCUACUUAUUCAAGCUAUUAGGCGGGAUAAUUCAGCCCGCCCUUCCUUUCUACCGGUUUGUUGUUGUCUGGUUGGCUUUGCUAACCUGACGAUGCUCUCGGUGUUCUCCAAGCCUUGUCUCUCUGUGCUUCACUCUUUAUAGCUUGCCCCGCAGCAUUCCAGCUUGGAAUCUUGGAGCUGCUUGGUCUUUUGUACUUCAUUAGUCUUAAUCCUCACCCUUGAUUUUCUUUCCCUUUCCAUACAGUCGACUUAUUCCCACCUCUUCCUCGGUAUAGCGCAUCUAUUUUCUCCACCCCGAGGAGGUCACACCAUCAUGGGAGUCGGAGCGUUCCUCGAGCCUCUGACGGUCAUCGUUCUUCUCUUUGGAGGUACCUGGAUCAACCGAACAACAGGAUCGUUCCCUGCACGCAGAACCCGCCGCAGAUCCAGCAUCCCUUCACGUGGCAGCUCUCCUGAUGCGACAGAGUCCGGACUGUCCACACCGACCGCAAAGGACGGCCUGCUGUCUCGUCGCCUGUCCUCAUCUUCAUCGGCACUCCUACAAGAUGGCCAGAGUCGGUGGCGCAAGAGGCAACUAGGGAUCUUUUCGUCGACCUUGGAGGUCACCUCUCCAAACACCAUCGUCUUCCAAGAUCGCCUGCUUAGUCGCCUCCUACGCAAGUUCCCUUUCUUAGUCGAAUGCUGGUACUGGGCGUUAGUGUACUGGACAUACCAACUAGGUCGAGCGUUUACUGCCGUUACGCUGCAAGAAGGCACCGUCGACGUGGCGAGGAAACAUGCGCUACAGCUGAUACAGGUUGAAGAGGCGCUGGGACUGUUCUUGGAGGUUCCUAUCCAGCGGUUCUUCCUCCGGCACACCAGACUCAUGAUGUGGACAAACUGGAUCUACUCCUUUAUUCAUAUCCCGGGAACCAUUGCCUUCCUCGUCUGGCUCUACUACUACACGACCACUAGAAACCGAUACGAUGAGUCGCAGCCUGGCAAGCCUCGUGGAUUCAUGAGUGGCUCGCCCGCAGGCCCGCGCCUCUAUCAAGCUCGUCGUCGAACACUUGCCGUGUGCAAUCUGCUUGCGUUCGUGGUGUUUACUUUGUGGCCCUGCAUGCCACCUCGACUGUUGAGCGACAAGGACGCGCAGGGUCCUGAUGCCGCUCGGGGUCGUAGCUAUGGAUUUGUGGAUACGGUGCAUGGCGUCAACGGUGCAGGCAGCGUUUGGACCGAAAACCGCUUCUGCAACCAGUACGCCGCCAUGCCCUCCUUGCAUUUCGGCUACUCUCUGAUGAUUGGUCUCACGAUCAUGACCAUACCGCUGCCGCCACAUCAUCGUCGGCGCUCGCGCAUCGCGAUUGGCCCUGUCGGGCUGCAGGUUCCGUCAUGGCGCCGACUCGUCUGCCUGGCCAUGGGCUUUGCUUAUCCAUUUGUCAUCCUGGCCGCCAUUGUCGCGACUGCCAACCAUUUCAUUCUGGACGCCGUGGCCGGUGCCACGGUGUGUGCUCUUGGGUGGAAAUUCAACGGCAUCUUGCUGAACCUGCUUCCCCUGGAAGACUACUUCCUCUGGGCUCUUCGUAUCCAUAAACCGGUGCCGACCGCGCUGGAAGAUUUCGAAGGGGCUGAUGGGUGGACUGAUGAUGAGGGAUUGCUUGAACAUACUUCCCUUCCUUGGUGA